AUGGAUGAAUUUCAGACCUUCCUAUUGAGUUUAGGUGAUAGGCUAUCAACUCCCAUUUCUGAUGAUUAUAGAAAGUAAUUCAAGAUUAGAGGAGAGUUCAUCUACCCACAUAACAAGAAGUUUGAUCAGAUUUGCUAAAGGUUUUGCUAAAGUUUCUAAGUUAGCUUUUUGGAAGAUGAAAAACUACGAAGCAAACGAAAAUGGGAUAAUUCCUUUAAACUAUUUUUAAUAUGGUUCCUAGUUAAAUAUUUUGAUAAGUAAAAUCAAAAUGCCAUUCGACCGGUAGAAGUUUAAUUGAUUAUAUUUUAGGAUGAGAAGGAUUGGCUUAUUUUUGAGCAUAUUCUUAAAAUAGAUAAGCACAUCCUAUAGCAAAGAUGGAUUACCUUGAUAAAUCCAUGGAUGAAAUCUACCAAUUGGACUUAGGAGGAAGACGAUUUCAUCAGGAAUUAAAUGAAGUAAGAGUGGAUUACUUAGUGUAUAAUAGUCAAAAGAAUAAGCAUAUUUGGACAUAGAUUGCGGUGUCUCUUUAUGAAAAGAAUUUGCAAGGGCACAUUCGAACACCAAAAUAAAUUAGAGAGAGAUGGAUGAAUUAUUUAAAUCCUGAAUUAAAUAAGUAAUUUAAUAAGCUUAUUCUCAGAGAACAGUGGUUGCUCAAAGAAGAUUUGAUUGUUUUAAAUAGCGUUGUGAAAAAUGGAAAAAAGUGGUCGUAAAUUUCACAGUAAUUGAAUGGAAGAACUGAGAAUCAAGUCAAAAAUAGGUACUUGAAUUACACACUAACAUAAGAUACAAGUCAUUAAUACACAAAAUAUGCAAGGAUGAUGAAUGUGAUGAAAUAGAGAUGAUCAAACAAUACAUAAGAAAGAAGUAUGUUACAAUUUAAUUAGUAGUUCUGUGCAUAUGGAUUCAAAUAAGUAAGGCAUAAUUGGCAAGAGAGGCAGACACAAGAAGGGAAUGAGAAACAAGGAACAGAAGGCAGAUGCCAAAAAACAAAAAAACAUAUCAAAAAUAAUAAAAUAGGAAGAACAAUAAUCUCAGUAAUCUUUCGUUUAAUAAGCAUAAUAGUAAAUGUAUGCAUAAUCUUAAUAAUUAUAAUAAUAAAUAUAAUAAAAUUAAUAAUUACAAUAAUUAUAGUAGUUACAAUAAUAGAUGAAUUUUAAUCCGGAAGAAAUGAAGUUGGCAUUAAACUUACAAUCCACUUUUAAUUAAGAUGAUUUGAAGAAUCCAACCCCUUUAAUGAUGUUAUAAUGUUUGACUUCUCCUGGAUAUCAAUACUUUGAGAAUCAAUGUUUGAGACAAUUGUCUCCAGGAAUUAUUGAAGAAGGAGACUGUCAUUAAAAUUCAUCCUUGCAGUUGCCUAAACUAGCCAAUAUGUAUAAAGUAAGUUCUACAUCUCCCUUCAUAAUUGGAUCCAUAUUGGCUUCGCCCUUUUUGGUCAACGAUCAGUUCGUCCAAUAGAAUGAAGAUCAAGUCGGAGUUACAUCUAAUCAAACAUUCACUUAAUAAAUUUCCACGACUCCAUAUUUGAAUUUAAAUUAUUUGAGACAACAGUAGAUGAAUGGGUUCUCUAAAUAGAAGGAUUUGGAUUUACUAUAAGAGAACCCUAUUUAAUCAUUCAAUAAAAGAAGAAAUAUUAAUUAAUAGUGA